AUGGCGAGUGAAGGAAUAAUUAUCGAUCAGCAGCAGGAAGAUAAGAUUCACAGCGAUGUCCUGCUCUUCAACCGCUGGAGAUAUGACGAGGUUCAGAUUAGUGACAUUUCUGUUGAGGAUUACAUCACUGCUACUGCUGCAAAGCACCCUACCUACAUGCCUCAUACUGCUGGGAGGUACCAGCAGAAGCGGUUUAGAAAAGCACAGUGCCCGAUUGUGGAGAGACUGACUAACUCACUGAUGAUGCACGGACGUAACAACGGAAAGAAGCUGAUGGCUGUGCGCAUAAUCAAACACGCAAUGGAGAUCAUCCACUUGCUAACAGACCAGAACCCAAUUCAAGUCAUUGUUGAUGCUGUAAUCAACAGUGGACCAAGAGAAGAUGCAACAAGGAUUGGUUCUGCUGGUGUUGUGAGACGUCAAGCAGUUGAUAUUUCACCUUUAAGGCGUGUUAACCAGGCUGUCUAUCUCCUCACUACUGGUGCUAGGGAGAGUGCUUUUAGGAAUAUUAAAACCAUAGCUGAAUGCCUUGCUGAUGAACUCAUAAAUGCAGCCAAGGGGUCUUCAAACAGCUAUGCUAUUAAGAAGAAGGAUGAGAUUGAAAGGGUGGCAAAGGCCAAUCGUUGA